CCAAUCUGUCCCUAAUGAAAUAAAUUACAGUAAAGAUAAUGCUUGUGUUUUGUUUCUGGUUGAAGUCUUUGGGAGUUUGAACUGGAGGAUUUUGAUGAGGAAGAUGCCAAGCCUCUUCUGAUGCUGAUAAAACUAGAGUCCCAAGAAGACUUAGUUUGGAAUCAAUUAUUAUUUUGAUUUGACUCUUUAAAUAUGUCAGAGCUGCACUUCAUAUCUAAUUUCUUGUUUCAGGUGUGGGCAGUGAACGUCAGCAAUAAAAUGAGGGACGUUGAGUUUGAAGCCCGAAUGCUCCUCAAGUCCCCAGAGCCCCUACCUCCUAAUUUUCAACAUCCUAAAGUCCUCAGCAUGGCACAAGACUAUGCCAAGAUCCUGAGAGAGGAGCAGCAGGAGGCACCCUGCUCCAAAGUGCUCUGUCCCCAAGAGGUGGUGAUGGAGAUUGUUCCCAGAGUCCUGCAGGGCUUCUGGGUGCUUCCUCCUCGCCCCCUAUUGAACAUGCCUUCCGAGCAGCUCAGCAAACUGUCUGUACGGGUUGCAAAGGCCACUUUGGACAGUGUCUCCAAUGUUCUCACCACUCUGGACUGUCAGGCCACCUUCUCCCGCUCCAUCAGGGACGACAUGGUCCUGUCUAUCCUGACAGAGAUCAGGCAGACGUACCCACACGAUAUCGUGGUGAACAGGAUCAAGAGCUUCGCACCCGUGCUGCUCUGUAGAAUUGUUGAUGUGGUAACGGGAAAGAUUUGUGAGAUGUUUCAGCCCCAGAGUGCCGGCGCAUUUGACACCCACUCUUGAACCUCCUGCCCCCCUUUCUGAGGAGAAGCCAACAUCCAGUCUAGAGAUAAACUCUGCUCUGGAACCAGCUUCUCUGGUACCUCCUGGUGAACCCACAUCCGAGGUUCAGGCCAAGGAGGAUGGACGUGGCAAACCCAGCCUGAAAAACGACCCCAAACCCUCUAGGGAGCCAGGCUCUGCUGUCAAACCACCUUCUCUGACAGCCCCCGUUGAACAUGCGUACAAGGUACAGGCCAGGGGGGAUUUAACUGAAAAACCCAGCCUUGAGAAGGACCCAAAACCCACCAGAGCAGCAGCUUCUGCCGUGGAAACAGCUUCUCUGACACCCCUGCUGAACCUGCAUUCAAGGUUCAGGCUAGGGAGGAUGUAAUUGAAAAAGCAAGCCUUGAACAGGACGUAGAACCAACCAACGAACCAGACUCUGCUGCGGUUCCAGCUCCACUGACACGCUCUGCUGAUCCUGCAUCUAUGAUUAAGGUUCAGGCCAAGGAGGAUGGAUGUGGAAAACCCAGCCUUGAGAAGGACCCAAAAACCGCCAGAGCACCAGACUCUGCUGUGGAACCAGCUUCCCUGACAGCCCCCGCUGAACAUGCAUUCAAUGUUCAGGCUAGGGAGGAUGUUAUGGAAAAAGCAAGCCUUGAACAGGAUGUAGAACCAAUCAAAGAACCAGACUCUGCUGCGGUUCCAGCUCCACUGACACGCUCUGCUGAACCUGUGUCUUUGACUCCAGUUCGGGCCAAGGAGGAUGGAUGUGGAAAACCCAGCCUUGAGAAGGACCCAAAACCCGCCAGAGCACCAGACUCUGCUCUGGAACCAGCUUCUCCGACUCCUCUGACGCCUCCUGCUCAUCCUCUGGUCAUUACAGCAGUGCAGGAUGGCAUGACCCCCAGCCUGGGUGAAACAAAAGAACCCACACCCAGUCCAGAGACAAACUCUGAUGUAUUGUCUCCUCCACCAGCCCCUCAGACAGCCUCUACUGAAACUCCUCCCAUUACUAAUGUCCAGGACAGGGAGAAUAGAAAUGAAAGGCCCGACCUGGAGGAGGACCAAAAGCCCACCAGAGAACCAGACUCCACAGUGGUUCAAGCUUCACCAGCUCCUCUGAGCCCUCCUCUUGACUUUGUGGUCGUUGGUAUAGAUCACUCAGAAGUCAACAUGACUAAGGAGAAGAGAGCGAUGGGCUUCCUCCGCUGGCUCCUUCAACCACUGUGCUGUUGCUUUGUAGCCACUGAAACAGAAACUGACUGAUUAUCCUGAUGUAUUAAAUACAUAAAUUCAAAUUCAAAAUAAAAUCACUUUGUUCACAUAUCUGUUUAUAGAAUGAACAUUGUUUUGUUAUGUGGAAUAUGUUUUCCUUCCCAAUUUUAUUUUCAGUCACUUGU